AAUCAUCUUACCAAUUUUAUUCGCCAUUCAGUGAUAAAUACGUAAUUUAGUGUCGUAUUGACCGAGGACGCCUCAAUAGAUAAUCUUUUAUCUGGCUAUUAAAUAAUGAGACGGCGGGAGCGCGCGCGCCGGCCACUUCUCUCAGUGAGUCCACGACUGUGUACUGUGUACCUUCAUCAUAUAGCAACUACUGCUAUAACUUCUUCCGCCGCGUUUUGGCAAUUUUCCCCUUAACCUUUAUUGACUUCCCUUUGAAGUGAGUUAUCGUCGUGAACUAUAUCUUCACUUCAGUAGGAGUAGAUUCUUCCCUAAAUGCAGUGUAAAAAGUGAAUUUUUCGCAUUACGCUUCAACAAGUAAAAUUCUAUCUUUUUCUUUUAAAUUAAUGAAACCAUACCAUCACUUAAAUCAAGUUCUACAUUAGUUUUCUUGCCAGUUAAUUACCAUUUGCGUUAAGUGUGAAAAGUGUUUUAAGUGCAAGUUUUCAUCAGUUUUCUCAAAUGAUGUGCAUGAUCACUUGAUGUAUCGCUCCAGGAAUUUGGAUUUUUCUAUCCUGCAUGAGGUCACGACGGCGGUGCGGUGUACGCAUGGAAGCCCGGCGGAGUGGUGAGCCCGCGCUGCACUCGCUGCGAGCGCAACGUCGCCCCUGCCGCCGCGCCUUGCCGGCAUGGACCGCGCGCGCCUCUCGCCGCCGCCGGACCCGCUGCGUCGGCCGCUCCAAGGAGGAUCCUGCGGAACCCCGGAUUCGCCCCUCUCGCCGGAGAACUUAAGCGAGCCGGGCACGCGCCUACCACGCGCGCUCACACCCAUCCCUGAGAGCGAGCCUUUGCUCCACGGCCCGCGCUGUGCCAGCGCUAGCGCCAUCGCGAGUGCCAGUGCCAGUGCCAGUGCAAGUGCAAGUGCAAGUGCCAGUGACGUGCCACACCGACACGCGCGGCCUCUUCACGUGCAGUUCGACGCGCAGUCGCCCCCCGCAGCCGUCUCCGUCUCGAGUUCCAGCUCCUCCAGUUCCGACGAUGAGGAACUCUCCAUCGCCGAAGCGAGACCCCCCGACGGAGGUUGGGGCUGGGUCAUCGUAUUCGCCUCGUUCAUGGUCAAUCUCAUUGCCGAUGGCAUCACGUUCAGUUUCGGAGUAUUCUUCCCGCAUUUUCUCGAAUACUUCGGCGAGAGUACUGGAAAGACGGCCUGGAUCGCCAGCAUAUUCAUGGCGAUGCCGCUUUUGUCCGGUCCGAUAGCCAGUUUCUUAACAGACAGAUACGGCUGCCGACGAAUGACGAUUUUCGGCUCAAUUUUAGCAGCGAUAGGAUUCAUUAUUUCUGCCUUCGUGGACAACAUAGAGACUUUGAUGUUCACAUUCGGAAUCAUGGCCGGAUUCGGCCUGAGUCUGUGCUAUGUAGCAGCAGUAGUGAUCGUCGCGUACUACUUUGAGAAGAAGCGUUCCUUAGCCACCGGUAUUUCUGUGUGCGGAAGUGGGAUUGGUACGUUCAUAUUUGCUCCGUUGACAUAUGUUUUGCUGGACGAGUACGGUUGGCGAGGAACUACUCUGAUACUCGCUGGGCUUUUCCUGAAUAUGGCGGUGUGUGGCUUGCUGUUUCGAGAUCUGCCGUGGACGGCUACGAUGAACGAAGAGAGAGCGAAAGAGAGAAAACGUAGAAGAGAGAGAAAAAGAAACAAACGUUUCGGAUCAUCCGCAGACAGUUUCUCGGACAGUAAGAGUAGUGCUGUCGGGUCUACUAAAGCGACGGACGCUGUAGACAUCGAAGCGGUGACGACGUCGAUAGUGCCGCAAUACAGCUCCUUAGUCGACUUGCCGACCUACAUGACUGGAGGCGAAGGUGUGUCGCUAGAAACCUUCGAGCUGAUGUCCACUCGAGGUCGUGCGUAUGCGAUCUUAGCACAGAAUUACCCUGGAGUAUUGCUUCCGUCACGAAGUUUCAGUGACAGUGGACGAUUGCACGAGAUGUCCCCUCCCAAGAAUCUGAUGUCCCCUGGAACGACAUCCCCGGGGACGUUGUCCCCUAAUAAUUCAGUCCCCAGUGCCCCGGAGACCAAUGGCACGACACGGCUGAAUGAUAAAGCGGCUUUGUCAAUAUGGGUCAAAAGGCAUGGACCUGGAGGACAUGGUUCAACGAAGAAACCACCAGCUUUCUUGAAAGAUUUGAGGUUACACAGGCAUUCUCUGACAUACAGGGGUGCAAUGUUAAAUAUCAAUCGGUACAGACUUCGAGCGUCUUCGUGCCCCAACAUCUUGAGAAACUCAAUGACUACUAUUGCUAAAGAAAAGGUGCAAUGGUACGCCGGGCUGUGGGACUUCUGGGACCUGGCGGUGGACGUGCUGGACUUCUCCCACUUCCUCAACCCGGCCUUCCUCGUGUUCGCGGUGUCCAACUUCCUGCUGUACCUGUGGUACGACGUGCCGUACGUGUACCUCGCGCACAGCGCCUCCAACAUGGGCUUCAAUGAGUCGCAGUCCUCCAUGCUGAUAUCUAUCAUCGGGAUACUGAACAUGUUCGGCGAGAUAAUUCUCGGUUGGAUAGGCGACUGGGAGUGCGUGAACGCGAGCCUGGUGUACGCGGUGUGCAUGAUCCUGUGCGGCGUCGUCACCGUCGUCAUGCCGCUGCUGAGCUCGUACUUCGGCCUCGCCGCCGCCUCGGGGGCCUUCGGCGCCUUCAUCGCGGCCAACUACAGCCUCACCAGCAUCAUCCUGGUGGAGCAGAUCACGCUCGAGAAGUUCACCAACGCGUACGGCCUGCUGCUGCUCAUGCAGGGCUUGGCCAAUCUCAUUGGCACCCCGCUGGGAGGCUGGGUGUACGACGUUACCGACAGCUACGACCUCUCGUUCUACCUCGCGGGAGUCUUCAUCGGCAUUUCCGGCCUGAUCCUGCUAGUGUCGCCGCUGUACCACGCCACGCGCCGCUACAAGAACCACCGGAAAUCCACCGACUUGUCGGCCAACAUGUCGACCGACAUAUCCACCGACGUGUCGACCAACAAGUCCACUAAUAACGAACACACGCACAUCAACGGUGAAGUCAAACAGAAUGGGAAGCUGAUUAUGUAAGCUACGUGGCCGGCAAACAACUUAAGCAUUGACGCGAGUGGCACGUGCACGCGAUUGGUUGAUCAGUCGACGUGGGUGCACGUGAUUGCUCGAUACGUCGACUUUCGUUUCUCGGAUUCGCCAACUUUCUUCCGCUAAACCUAUUCAGGUCCACGUUGUUUGCCGUGCACUAUACUAGCGUUUGUUCAAAAUAAUGCAUGGCAACGGGGAACGCCCCGCACACCGCACGUCACUCGCGUUAUCCCGCACGGAAUUAGCGCAAGGGCUGUGUGGGUGUGCGUGGCGUCCCCACCCCGAUUGCCAUGUUGACCUGUCGCGAAAUAUACGUGAUAUGCAUAAAUUUUGAGAACUCUUUUUUGCUCUGUGUCAACUGUCAUGUCAAAAGUGCGGUUUACUCUUAGGUUGAGAUUUAUAGAUAAAACGAGACAGAUUGAUGUGAGCGUUAUAACGCUGUCUCGUUUUAACCGUGUUUUAAGUUUGAGAAAAAUCAAAGUGCGCUCUAUAGAUUUCAACCUUAGAUUAAGAACUAAAAUCGUAUUUUAUGGGGAGUGAGUUUUCAAAAUGUAUGCGCUUUAACAUGUAUUCCCAGCUUUUAACAAUCUCUAGAAACUGGUGGCAAGUAACUUGGCAUCUUCAUCAAAGUCAAGUGGUACCGUACUACCACUUUUAUAUGUCGCAUCGGCAAAAUUUAGUCUGUUUCCACUUUUAAUCUACUUAACUAUUAGUCUGUCCUUAGCCUUUCUAACUUUAAUGUGACUAAAGUACAUCACUUGUUAGUAAACAGCAUUUUGCAAUACUAAUAUGUGAUAGAAGAACAAAUUAUAACCAACUGCGAUAUGAAAUUAAAAUCCAAGACUAAAUUACCUAUUUAUAUAAGUAAUUUUAUAAUAAAUUCGUUAAUUAGAACUAUACAUAUUAAUGUAAAAAUAUAUGAUUAUAUAUUAGUAUAUAAUCGGAAGUAUUCUUAAUGACGUAAACUUGAAAUGGUAUAGAAAAUUUUAGAUAUAAGUAGUUGAUUAGUUUGAUGAUUUAUAGUUAGAUACAUUGAGGUGUUAUAUUACUAGAGAAAGCAAUGUUUUGAACAAGAUAAAGCUUAAUACUAAAACCCGACUACUCUUAAUAAAUGGUGAAAUAUAGUAAAAUAGUUUUUCAUCAUACCUAUCCGAAAAACGAAAAUUGGCAUUAGUGGGAACAAAAGUCAAUUUUGUUCUCUUGGGGGUUUCAACUUUCUCUCUACGGAUUGGUCCAUGUUAGUGCUUUAGUAUGUUUUGUUUUUCUCACUGGUAGUUAUGAAAAAUAGUGUGUGUCACUCGGGGCCAAAAUGUCUCGCUACGCUCACGAGUCUAUUUUAGAAUCCUUCGCUUCGUUCUGAAUUCAAAAUAACACCAUCUAGGGACAAAAUAUCACUUUGUCCCCUUAUAACACAAAUGACUAUUUCUGAAGCUUGGUAUAUUUUUAUACUUUAUUAUAUUUAUGGACUCAAAAUUAUCUCCUCUUUCGCGAGGACGCCAUUUUUGACCUUGAGGACCUUAGGACCCCAACGUCUAUCGGUUUUUGGAACUAUGUGUCCUGCCCGUUACCACUUCAAUUUCGCAACCCAUUGAGCUAUGUCAGUUACUCUGGUUCCUACGGAUCUCCUCAUUUCUGAUUUGAUCACGUAAAGAAACCCCAAGCAUAGCUCUUUCCAUCACCCGCUGUGUGAUUCUGAACUUUCUGAUUCCUAUUUCUCUAGUAAUAUAUCACUCUAAUUAGAUAUUAGUAAUUGAUAACGGUUGAAUUUUUGGCAAGUUUGGUAUAAAUUAAGGUUUGUUCUGAAAGUAGAUAAGUAAAAAAAGUAAGGUUUUUGAGUAAAGUAGUGUUUGAAGGAAUAGAGUGUCCUCGAAUAUUAUGAUAUAUUUGGUGAUUUUGCAAACUAUUUCUAAGACUAUAGUCUUUAUCCGACUUACCUCUGUAUAUGACUAGGAAAUGUAAAUGCGUAGAUACAACCGAUUUUACGGUCAAGUGAUACGAAAAAGACCGAUUUUACGUUCAGUCAACUUUGAAACACGACCGAUUUUAUAGUGUGCGCAAAGUGCCUAGUCCCGUCUGAAGUUGCAACAUGGCUGAUGGCGCAGAUCGUUGUCUUAGCACUGAAUACAGAAGCUCAGCUGAAAUCUUUGUUUGUACAAUAUGUAGUCAUAUGCCUAGUGUUCAGAUUGGUCUACUUUUGCGCGUACUAUACGAUUAAGAAAUGUCCGAAUGUAUGAUUAGUCGAUUUGGAAAUAACCGAUUUUAUGAUCAGCUGAUUGGGAAAUAACAAUUUUUAUUAACAUAUUAACUAAAAACACGACCGAUUUACAUUUACGUAACGACCGAUUUUUAAUGUUAUCUGAUUGAAGAGAAGUGUUGUAUAAAAAAGCGCUAAAGCGAGGCUAACAUAAGGAAAUAAUUUAUACAUACAGAAUGAAGAAGACACGAUAGAACACAAUAUAAACAAUACACCACUUUUAAUUAUUAUUUAUUAUUAUAUAAUAAGUAUAUACUUAACCUUGUUUUUUCAAUACCUAAAUAUUGGUAUAUCAUAAUAUAAACACAUAAGAUGAAGGAUACAUUAGAAGGGCAAUAUAAACGAUAUAUCACUUUAAAUUACAUAAUACUUACCAUAUUUUUAAAUAUUGGCAUAUAAUUUUAAUUAUAUCAUUCAUUAUACAUACAAAAACCAAAGGGCACAGAAUGCAAUUGAAUAUAAACAAUACAUCACUUUUAAUUUUGGAUUGAUGGAUAGCUCAGUGGCUAUCAUUCGUUUUUGAACACUGAAUUCAGAAUGCUCGAACCAGUAAGAAACUCGGCGGCGAUAAAAACAAAAUAAUUAUAUGAAAUAAUCCAAAUAAUAACUUGUGAAAGUCUUUCCAUAGCGGUUUGGUGUAAUCGUUUCUAAAUUUAAGCCACUAAUAAACAUCCUAGUUGAAUAAUAGAUUUUGAUAUACCAAGUAUGUAUGCAAGCAAGUUUAGCGAAACCUGAAAACCUAGAAUCCAUAAAAAUGUAAGUAGAACUGUCUAUAAGCCUCCUUGCGUUUUUAGUUUUUUUUUUUGGCUUGUGCCAUUUUUAGGAUUAUUCAUAAGAACUACACAAGCCUAAGGCUAGCCCCACUUAGGGUAAAAGUUAAAAAAUAUGAGUAGGUAGGUAAACGACAAAUUCUCCUGCGGAUGUACACUUCACGCGGUGAAUUUUGAAAUCGCGGCGGUGCCUUUGACAAGAUGUGGCGCGUGCCAAGGCGGCCCGACACAAAGGCGACCGUAUCUAAGCGAACAGACUAUAAUUAUGAAUACCUUAGCACCCAAUCUUCGCGCUCCCACAGAUUGUUCGUGCAUGUACUUGUUCGUACGUGUCCGCACGAGUUAAAUUCGUACGAAAAAGCAUCCAAACUACGGCUAGCCUAAACCGAAAAAUACAAAAAAAAUGUAAUAAGGUGCAAGUCACACAUACAUGUGAAAAUGUAAAAUGUUAAAUAACAUUUUAUAACGAAAAAUUACAAACUUAAGGAGGCUUAUAAAACAAUUGUUUAUAAGUGAUAAGGACUUAAACUUACCAAAGACUGCCCUGAAUAUAAAUUUUGAUGUUACGAAACCCGAGUAGUUCUAGGCUAGGCGAAAAGUUGCAAUUUUUCCUUGGUCUUUAUUGAAUCGAAUCAUAAUUAUUAUUAUAUAUGAAAUAUGCUGGAAGAAUAUGAGACAGUUUUCUUUAACUACCUUUUUUGACUUUCCUAAAAUCCAUAGACAAAUUCAAUUUAGAAUCUAGAUCUAAGAUUUAGGAAUUAUAAAAUUGUCUGUAUGAAAAAAUUGAAUUUUUUGACUUCCCUUAGAUUUAAGUACUAAAAACAAUUUAAUACAUAUAAGUGACGCAUUUUUGAUUUACAAGCAUUUUUAUGACUAGCUUACGUUUCUACAAUUUAUGAAAUCAAGAUUUUUUCUCUAAAAUGCAAAACUUUUUUAUUUUUUAAUUGUAUAUAAUUUUGAGCACAAGGUUUAAUCUAAUCCAGUUUACUAUACACGUAAAUCACCUUUAUUUAAUUAAUGUAAAUAUUUAUUCAUUUAUGUAUUUGAAAUUCAAACAUUGAACUCAUGUACUUUAGGCAAACAAGUUGAGCAAUAGUUGUUGGGCAUUGUUACCAAUUUUUAAUUAAUUUUUCUUCGCAUUGAUUAUACAGGUAACUUUCUCCGUCCGGUCUGUCGGUCUGUUCAAUUUUUGCAGCACUUACAAUCGUGUGGAAUUCAAUAGGAAUUGUGAUCAAGAUCAAUAGUGUUGAUAUUUUAAUGGUGGUUUUUCACGAAAAGUGAAUUUUUGCACUUGCGAUCGUUUACUACAUUAAUUUAACUAGAAAUUCUUCUCUAUCUAACUCGAAGUGAUGCAAGUGUUCUCGCUCGCCCACUUUUUAGCGUCUUAGCUCAAGUCCAUGACCAUACGAGAGAAGGAUCUCUAUAUCUUACGGAAGCACGUAAUUGGUUGGUCAGUUGCUCCUUGUUUAACUACAGCCUUUGCUCAAGUUGUUUGCCGUUUACUGUAAUGUUAAUUAUAACCUUAAUAGUUCUUCUGACGCAUGUUUACAUUUUGUAUUUAAUAAAAUUCUUCCUUGAAACUAUUGUCUGAUGCCAAAACGUUCAUUUUUAAGGAUUUUCUUCAAAAUCGAAAUAGGUAAAUAUUUUGUACCUAUUUAGCUAAUACAUCAUUGUAGAUUCUUAAAGUACAGCCAACAUCAAAAAUUAUUUUCCGAUCAAACGUACGAAAACGCAUGCAAAGUGAGUGCAUCCUCAUAUUUAUGUUAAGAAAAGUAUGAUGAAUUCAUAUAUCUCAGUAGACAGCUGUUUUUGAUAACUUUUACUGAUUUUUUGUGAAUAUAAGUAACAAAUUUUUUGGUGAAACCCAAAGUUUCGUAUUCUUUUUGAAAGUUAAAUCUAGCUAUUUUCAUAUAAUCUUUGUUUUUACUUGAUAUUGAUUUGUUUUUGAUGCUGACUGUACAUUUGGUACAAAAUAAAACAGAAUGUAUUGUGAUACAAAGUAGAAUAAGUUCACUUAGUCCCUAAGAUUGAAGAAUUAUAUUCUUGCCUAGUACAUGACGUCUGGUCUUUUAGAGUUCAAGUUAGAUAAAAACAUUUACAAUUUUGGAACUCAAUUCCUAAAAGUAAAAAACCGAUUAUUCGUUUAUAAUUGUUGCAUGAAAACUGACCUUUUUGCUAACAGUUAAAUAAUCUUUCUCUGUUUAUGAAUAUUAUUCAAGGGUCAACGGGUGAUCCGUUAACUCAAUGAUCAUCAUUUAAGUAAAAGCCAUCAAACUCAUUUGACAUUAGUUGGUUCUACAUUGAUGCUUCACUGAGCGAUUAUAACAAUAAUGUUUCGUAGAAAUCCUUCAAUGGAUUAAAAAUGUUAAAUGAGCUUGAUGGCUUUCAUUCAGUGAUGAUCACUAAGUUAGCUAAUUACAGGUUAGUAAUAAAUCGACCACUGGUGCAGAACGAAUACCAAUAGUUUGUGUAGGUAUAUCUUGUGUAUUUAGUUUGUUUGUGUUAUACUAUACUUGCGCAGCUAUCGGCGGUGCCAACACAAAACGGGUAUGUGAACGUAUUACUGUACAUUGUUGCACUUCACAUUGUGUGCGGUUAGUAAAAUUAUCACUGAAUUA